GUGGCUAUAAAAGAAGGGGCAGCGGUGCCGCCGCCGGCUGAGCCGUGCCGUGGUUUUUGUUUGUUACUCUGGUGUCGAUCGAGAUUCGUCAACAUGAACGUGUGUCUGACCAUCCUGUCCCUGUGCUUGGGGCUGGCCUUUGCUGCACCGAGACUAGAUCCCGAUUUGGACAGCCACUGGCAGCUGUGGAAGUCCUGGCACAGUAAAGAUUAUCAUGAGAGAGAGGAAAGCUGGAGGAGAGUGGUAUGGGAGAAGAAUCUGAAAAUGAUUGAACUGCAUAACCUGGAUCACUCAUUGGGAAAACACAGUUAUAAGUUGGGGAUGAAUCAGUUUGGUGACAUGACGACGGAGGAGUUCAGACAGCUGAUGAAUGGCUAUAUACACAAGAAGUCAGAAAGGAAGUACAGAGGAUCCCAGUUUCUUGAGCCCAGUUUCCUUGAAGCACCACGAUCUGUAGACUGGAGAGAGAAGGGAUAUGUAACUCCAGUUAAAGAUCAGGGUCAGUGUGGCUCUUGCUGGGCUUUCAGCACAACAGGAGCUCUUGAAGGCCAGCACUUCAGAAAAACUGGAAAACUUGUUUCACUCAGUGAACAGAAUCUUGUGGACUGCUCCCGCCCAGAAGGAAAUCAAGGCUGCAAUGGUGGUCUCAUGGACCAGGCUUUCCAGUACGUACAAGAUAAUGGGGGAAUCGAUUCAGAGGAAUCCUACCCAUACACUGCAAAGGAUGAUGAAGACUGUCGCUACAAGGCAGAGUACAAUGCUGCUAAUGAUACUGGCUUUGUUGACGUCCCUCAAGGACAUGAAAGAGCUCUCAUGAAAGCAGUAGCAGCUGUGGGUCCAGUAUCUGUUGCUAUUGAUGCUGGACACUCUUCAUUCCAGUUUUAUCAAUCAGGUAUCUACUAUGAACCAGACUGUAGCAGUGAAGACUUGGACCAUGGUGUUCUGGUUGUAGGUUAUGGUUUUGAAGGUGAAGAUGUAGAUGGAAAGAAAUACUGGAUUGUUAAGAACAGCUGGGGUGAGAAGUGGGGUGACAAAGGAUAUAUCUACAUGGCCAAAGACAGGAAGAACCACUGUGGAAUUGCAACAGCUGCUAGUUAUCCACUUGUAUAAUUUGAAGACUGGACAUUUCAGUGCAAAAGGGGAUAAUAAACUGAAUGACCAAACAGUCA